CAGGUGGAGGUUACCGCCCAAAUCAGUCCGGGCGAAUCAAAGCUCAGAUCAUACAAUACCAAGAUCUUAUUGGGCAAGCGCGAUGUGCCAUUGUACAACGUCAUGGCCCAGAAUGUGCUGCGGCUCAUUGGUACCGAAGACGAACAAGAGCGGUCGCUGCUAAUGUAUUUGGGACUCAAGGACGAAUCGCCUGAUAUGCUCAAGACGAUCACAAACGUUAUCGCCGAAAGCUUGUUGUAGCUCGACAUGGACUGCACAGUGAACUUAGCACAUCACAGUGCGAAUGCUAGCAAUGGUCACCGCUGCCUGUAUCCGUGCACGCCUCUCUCUGUACGGCAACCCUUAUAAGACAACAAUAUAUACAUAUAUAUGUAUAUCGUACGAGCUAUAGUUUAGCGCAAUGGUGUGACUCUGCAUACGCAUGGAAUAGCUCGACAGCAACCUCGCACUAGAGCUCAGUGCGUAUGUUGCACUUCCGCGUGUGUGUGUUGACAUUCAACGGUCUUUGCGUUAAACUUAGCUACAAAUGGCUGCGGAGCAAAGCAGACAUCUCCUCAGAGUUCAGCGAUGUUGCUGUAGCGUCUCAGUAUACAUGUCGCGUGGCUUGACACCGAACGACUGCUCGGCUCUUUGCGGCAAUACCCUGGUACAGCAUUCCAUUAUAC